AUGCACAUCCGGGGCUCGCCACCGUCCCCACCGCCAACCUGCGAUCUGCGCAGCCGGUUGGCUGUGACGCUCGACGACGCAGCCAGCACACACCUCGUCGGGCAUGCAGCCCGUGUACAGACUCGGCUCUCCUCCCGCGCCGACAACCGCAAACGACCACCACACGUACACACGCACAUGCAAGACCGCCGCACUCGCCCCAAGGCCGUUGCGGGCCGCUUCUUUGCAAUGUUGACCAAAGUACGCCCACCGCUUGUCUAA